AUGCCGACAUUCAAUGGCUCAGUCUUCAUGCCCUCUGCAUUUAUACUAAUUGGGAUUCCUGAUCUGGAGUCAGUGCAGUGUUGGAUUGGGAUUCCUUUCUCUGCCAUGUAUCUUACUGGUGUGAUUGGAAAUUCCCUAAUUUUAGUUAUAAUCAAAUAUGAAAACAGCUUCCAUAUACCCAUGUACAUUUUUUUGGCCAUGUUGGCAGCCACAGACAUUGCACUUAACACCUGCAUUCUUCCCAGAAUGUUAGGCAUCUUCUGGUUUCAUUUGUCAGAGAUUUCUUUUGAUGCCUGUCUUUUGCAAAUGUGGCUUAUUGACUCAUUCCAGGCAAUUGAAUCAGGUAUCAUUCUGGCAAUGGCCCUGGAUCGCUAUGUGGCCAUCUGUAUCCCCUUGAGACAUGCCACCAUCUUUUCCCAGCAGUUCUUAACUCAUAUUUGACUUGAGGUGACACUCAGGGCUGCCAUUCUUAUAAUACCUUCCUUAGGGCUCAUCAAAUGCUGUCUUAAACACUAUCGAACUACAGUCGUCUCUCACUCUUACUGUGAGCACAUGGCCAUUGUGAAGCUGGCUACUGAAGAUAGAGUCAACAAGAUAUAUGGCCUAUUUGUUGCCUUCACGAUCCUAGGGUUUGACAUAAUCUUUAUCACCUUGUCCUAUGUCCAAAUUUUUAUCACUGUCUUUCAACUGCCCCAGAAGGAGGCACGAUUCAAGGCCUUUAAUACAUGCAUUGCCCACAUUUGUGUCUUCCUACAGUUCUACCUUCUUGCCUUCUUCUCUUUCUUCACACACAGGUUUGGUUCACACAUACCAGCAUAUGUUCAUAUUCUCUUGUCAAAUCUUUACCUGUUAGUCCCACCUUUUCUCAACCCUUUUCUUGGAGUGAAGACCAAGCAAAUUCGUGACCACGUUCUGAAAGUGUUUUUAUUCAAAUAAGUAACUUGA